UUCUCUGCCUCUUCCGCAUCGACGUGCUCUCCUCUCCUUUAUGUCUCUGUCUUUCAGUCCUAAUUUCUCUCCUUCCUUUCCCCCACCUUCUCCCAAACUUGAUUUUCAAAAUCAAAGAUUUUUUGUUGUUGUCGUUUUCCUUGAUGUAGUCAAAAUUCCAAUACCAACCUUUUUCGGCGAGGGGUAAAGGAUAGGCGCCCCCACAAUGCCUUUUCUUUGACAUUUCUCCCCAGUUGAUUCCAUUUCGGUUCUCCAUUUUCAAAUGGGAGGUAGGUUUUAGUUAGAACAGUCCUAGCUAAGCUCAACAAGUGGAACAACUAGAGGAAGAAAACCAAGACAAAGAAGAGGAAUCAUCUCAGUCCAAGAGCACUGUGUUAGUUUCUGCAUUUUCCUCGUAAGCUCGGUUUUUCAUCUCUGCUUGAAGUUCAAACAAUUUGGUCAUUGGAAUUGAAAGAGGAGGGGUCUUCUUCCAGUUUUGUAUAUCCAUGGGGAAGAUCACAACUUCAACCCAGCCCAUCGCUCGGGAGGCUUCCAAUUAUGACGAGGUUUUCAUGCACCAGAGCUUGCUCUUUGAUGAUUGUCUCAAGGAUUUGAAGAAUCUGAGAACACAAUUAUACUCUGCAGCCGAGUAUUUUGAACUCUCAUACACCAAUGAUGACCAAAAACAGAUCGUGGUAGAGACAUUGAAGGAUUAUGCCAUAAAAGCUCUUGUAAAUACAGUGGACCAUAUAGGUUCUGUGACCUAUAAGGUGAACGACUUGUUAGAUGAGAAAAUUGUUGAAGUCUCUGAAGCUGAGCUACGCGCAUCUUGUAUUCAACAGAGAAUAAGAACAUGCCAAGAUUUUAUGGAUCAUGAGGGACGGACCCAACAGUCACUGGUGAUAAAUACUCCUAAAUAUCACAAGCGAUACAUUCUGCCAGUUGGGGAGACCAUCCAUGGUGCCAACAGAAAAAGAUCAAAAUACAUAGGAUGCAAUCUAGAUGAUGAAGAUGACUGGCAUCACUUUAGGAAUGCUGUUCGAGCUACAAUCAGAGAGACCCCACCUUCUACAGUGAGCAAAGGAAGAUCCCCAUCACCUUUACAACCUCAAAAGUCAGGAGCUUUUUCAUUCACUUCUAGCACGCCCAAGAAAGAUUUAGAUAAGAGGGCAACAUCACCGUACCGAUUUCCACUUUUGCGAACUGGAUCUCUGUCAAGUAGGCCUACAACACCAAAGUCUAGUAGCAGACCCACAACUCCAAACUCAAGUAGACCAACCACACCAAAUCCUCCUGUAAGACCAAGGUACCCUUCUGAGCCUCGCAAAUCAUAUUCAAUGCGACUCACUGCUGAGAGGGAGAACGGGAAGGAUGUUGAGCAAAUUCCCAGUAAAAGUAAAAGACUCCUAAAGGCCUUACUCAGCAGGCGUAAGUCAAAGAAGGAUGAUAUGCUCUACUCAUACUUGGACGAGUACUGAUUGGCGUCGAGCUAGUUGAAAUUAAGAGACCCAAGAACAUGAGGGUAGAAACAACUGGAGUUUUGCUUGCCAUUUUUUUAACCAUUUUGGGUUGAUUGUUUCUCGUGUCCUUCAAAUGAACAUAUAUGCCAUAAAUUUUCUUUUUUUUCUUUCCUUUUCUUUUUUAUUGGUUUCCUUUUGUUUUAAAUGUUAGCUAUGAGAGGGAUUCUUCAUGAUCUAAUGAGAUUCCCAUAGCCAUUUUGUGUGGCGUUUCAAUGUAAUACGAUCUUUGUGUUACAAUGGAUUGCAUUCUCACGAGUUGUAAAUUCGGCUUUUCUCUCCA